AUGCCCGUGAAACACGGAAAAUCCAUCGAAAUGACGCUGCAAAAGCAGAAAACGGUACGGAUUUUGCUAAUUGGCUCGGAGGGAGUCGGCAAAUCGGCACUCAUCUACAGAUUUAUCACAAAGAGAGCUUUCGAUGGAACGUCAGUCUUCGACGGUCACACAACACUGAAUCUUGAUGGGGAAACGAUUAGGAUAGAGGUCGUCGAAUGGAAAAAGGAUAUGGAUUUGGGCAGUGAGCAGACGCUUUUCGACGCAGUUGCCAUCAUUUUCUCGACAACAGAUCUAUCCAGUUUCGACUAUGCCUGUGAAGUGCAUCGAUAUACAUUAGAACAACAGGUCGGCAUUCCAGCCCUGCUGAUCGAGAGUAAAAGCGACAAAUUGGAGGAGAGUGAAAUGAAUCGAGAUGAAGUCCUCAAUGUUAUCAAAAGAUCACACACUAAAUUGUACAGGGUAUCCGAGAAGGAAAACUUCAAUGUAACGGCCGCUUUUGCCUACUUGGUCGAACAGGCGUUGCAUUUAAAAGAACAAGAUGGGACGAGGAGUCGCGUGGAAAAAGCGCUUGACAGUAGCUCGUGUGGAGAGAGUGUACAGGUAGACGAGGACAGCCGACCGAGUAGCGCGAAAAUCGACCGAGAAAAGGGGAAAAAGUGUCGAAUAAUG